GUAAGUCCAGUGAAAACUGAUUCGUCGGGAGCGAAGCACGCUCGUGGCGCCGGCUCGCCGAAUCGAGGCCACGAUCAAUGACGCCACCGAGCUUCACUAAUAUUUCUGGUUCUUACGAAACAAACGUGUCGUCAGCAAUAUUACCUCAUAUCGUCUACCUCUAUUAUUAGAAAACUACGUAAGCAGUGUUCAUUUACACUCUAGUGAUCAUACAGCAGUGAAACGAAACGAACGCAUUCGCAUCAAUUAUGGAAAAACGUACUAUAUUCGCAUUUUAUUUCAUCGCGACGAUAUUCACAACAAACAGCUACAGAAUACUCGGAGUGUUCCCCUCGUUGGAUCGCAAUAAUUAUCUCACGUACAGGGGAUUGUUUCGGGAGUUAGCCAAUCGGAACCACGAAGUGACCCUCAUCAGCCACUUUCAACUCCCUGACGCUCCAGCCACAUACAAAGAAGUGUUAUUAAGCGACAAGCAAGUGUAUAAAGGUUUAUCGUUUGAAUCAGUGAUUGUAAAUGAAGUAUCGCGUGUGCCGUUUGAAACGCUAGUCGCUACUAAAGGUGGAAACGAUGACUGCAGGACUCUUAUGAACAACCAUCACGUACUGCAUAUGUUAAGGACUCGGCCUCGGUUCGAUGUUAUUUUGGUUGAGUCGUACAACAGUGACUGCGGACUGGCCUUGGCCGCCAAUUUGAGUGCUCCAUAUAUCGCAUUCAACCCCCAACCUAUUCAACCGUGGCAGUAUAACAGGUUGGGGAUAAAUUUCAACUCUGCAUGUGUAACACAAGCUGGAUUACCUUAUGGCAAAGAGCCUUGGUUUUUCGAACGGUUGAAGAGUUUUGUUUUGUAUCAUGUUUCUAACUGGGUGUACUAUGUCGGAUCUCAAGUGACAGAUCAUGUGUACUUGUAUAAAUAUCUAGGUGACGAUUUGCCAUCUUUAGAAAGUAUAGCGUCAAACGCAAGUCUGUUGUUUGUAAACACACACCAGUCGGUAUUCGGCGGUGUUUCCCGCCCGGAUAAUGUUGUUGACAUUGGCGGCAUACACGUGGGCCCUCCAAAAGUAAUACCAACAGAAAUUGAGAGAUUCAUAAACGAAGCGGAACAUGGAGUUAUUUAUGUCAACUUGGGCUCAACUGUGAAGGACUCGACUCUUCCGAAGGAUAAAUUAGAAGAACUUCUAGCAACAUUCAGUAAACUACCACUAAGAGUUAUUUGGAAAUGGGACGGUAACACAUUGGACUUGCCCAGAAAUGUUAUGACCAUGAGAUGGUUUCCACAAUACGAUAUUUUAAAACAUGACAACGUGAAAGUAUUUAUAUCACACGCAGGCAUUUUAAGUACUAUUGAAGCCCUAGAUGCGGGUAUUCCUGUCAUAGCCGUACCUCUAUUUGGUGACCAGUAUGGUAAUGCUGCAGCGCUUCAAGAUUCGGGUAUUGGCAGAACAGUUUCAUAUCAAGAUUUGAAGAAAAAGUAUCUAUUAAAUGCAAUCAAUGAAGUUUUGGAUCCUGUAUGGCAACAACGCGCCAAACAUGUGUCUCGAAUAUGGCAUGACCGUCCAAUGUCGCCCCUUGAAACCGCCAUCUACUGGACCGAAUACGUAGCACGUUAUCAAGGCGCACCAAACUUAACAACGGUCUCUGCUAAAAUACCGUGGUACCAGCAACUACAGCUAGAUGUCCUCGGUUCUGUAGCUAUUGUUGCCUACAUUUUAUGUUUCGUGUUAUACAAAAUUUUAGCUACAUGUUGUUGCUUCUGCUGUCGAAACGAUUCCGAAACUACAAUUAUAGAAGACAGAAGAACAAAAAGAGUUAAAUUCGAGUGAAAUGUAGUAACGUAACGGUGGGUUUGUUUAAUAUCUUGGGGUAUUAUCAACUCUAUGAGAAUCUCAAUUGAUAACCACAUUCGGGUGGUUAUAUGAACUGGAGCUGGUGACUUAUAAAUGUAUUAUUACUUCACAUUGUAAAUAUACAGUAAAAAAUGACAUAAAUAUUUUUCAAAUUAUUC